UGUAAAGCACGGUUUUUAGUUGGUUUUGCUGUCGCCUCUGAGCAGCCUUAGUGUCAGCCAUGGAGAGCGUGCAGCAGAGAGACCUUCGCUGUUUGGUGCUGGCCUCUUUCCUCUUGGCCUCAACCUCACCUGCUGCAGGUGAUAACAUCAGAUUAGCUGGGUCUGGGUCUACUCUGUGCUCUGGAAGGGUUGAAAUCUAUCACAGCAACGCUUGGGGAACAGUCUGUGAUGACGACUGGGACUUGAACGAUGCUAUGGUGGUGUGCAGACAGUUGGGCUGUGGUACAGCGCUGAGUGCCCCUCAGUCGGCCCACUUUGGUCGAGGAUCUGACCCCAUCUGGCUUGAUGAUGUGGCCUGUUCAGGAAGUGAGAGGUCUCUAACCGAGUGUCAGCACAGUGCAUUUGGGAAACAUAACUGUAACCACGGUGAGGACGCUGGUGUGAUCUGUUCAGACAUCAGAUUAGCUGGGUCUGGGUCUGGGUCCACUGGGUGCUCUGGAAGGGUUGAAAUCUAUCACAGCAAUACCUGGGGAACAGUCUGUGAUGACAACUGGGACAUGAGCGAUGCCACGGUGGUGUGCAAACAGUUGGGCUGUGGUACAGCGCUGAGUGCCCCUCAGUCGGCCCUCUUUGGUCCAGGAGCUGACCCCAUCUGGCUUGAUGAUGUGGCCUGUUCAGGAAGUGAGAGGUCUCUAACUGAGUGUCAGCACGCAGGAUUUGGGACACAUGACUGUAACCACGGUGAGGAUGCUGGUGUGGUCUGUUCAGCGAGCCUCCCAAAGCCCAGCAUCUCUAUGAAUCCUGGGGAGGUUACCUGGGGUCAGGACGUCAGCGUCACUUGUUCAAUCUCAACGGACCUUUUAGGUGGAAUAUUCAGUCUGGAGAAAACCUCAAGCUCAUUCAGAAAGAGCCAAGCGUCAAGUGGCAAAUCUGCUAGUUUCGUAAUCUCUGGAGUGAACUUCGAUAACGAGGGAUCGUACCAGUGUCAGUAUGCGAAAAACAUUUCAAAUCAACGCUUCAGCUCCCCGUUGAGUGACUCUGUCUGGCUCUCUGUCACUGUGAACUUCCCAAAAGCCAGAAUCUCCAUGAGCCCCGACGGUGAGGCUGCCUGGGGUCAGAACGUUGAUUUCACUUGUUCGAUCUCAACUCCGGUUCUGGGCGGAACGUUCAUUCUGAGGAGAGCUUCAGACUCAUUCCGAAAGACCCCAACCUCAAGCACCAGCUCUGCUACCUUCAGCAUAUCUCAGGUGGACUUUAAUAACGAGGGACAGUACCGGUGUCAGUAUGAGAAAAGCAGCCUAAGCCGGAACUUCCAGUCCCCUCUGAGUGGCUCCGUCAGACUCAUUGUCACUGUGAAGCUGCAGCAGCCCAACAUCUCCCUGACAUCCCCUAAUGGAGGGUUGGUGUGGAGUCCUGAGGGUGCAGAGGUCACCAGGGGCUACAGCUUUGUCUUCACCUGCUCCAUUAACUCCAGAUACCCUGAAGGCCGCUUCUUUCUCAUCGUCUCUGGCUCCAACAUCACUUACACCAAGCCAGCAGUUAACCUCUCAGCCUCCUUUAACUUCCCUGUGGCUGAGUAUGAACACCAGGGAAACUACAGCUGCGUGUACGAAGUCGCACUCUCUGCGAGGACAUUCAGCUCUACUCAGGCGGCACAGAUUGGUGUCAUCAUUAAAUUGCCUUUGCUGCCGCUGCUGUCCUCGGUAUCUGCUGGGAUCCUGCUGCUGCUUCUGCUGGUCCUGCUGGCGGUCUUCCUGCUCCGCAGGAGAAGACGAGCUGAGCAGCCCGUAGUCCUCGUCCACACUCAAUUAGCUGCCAGAGUCAGGAACGAUUAUGAAGAUAGCGAGGAUGAGGAGCAGGAUUAUGUGAAUGUUUUCGUGGACGCCAAGAAGAACCUCGAAGAGGAAACAGGGAGGAUGGAAGAAGAGGAGAGUAAUGAUUAUGAGGAGCCAGAGAGUGACGAAGAUCAUGAUUACGAGGAUGCCGACCCCGGUGCGAAUUUCAUACAGGCCAAGGAGGUCUGUUGCAGUGUAGAGGAAAACAGAGGAGAAGAAGAAGAAGAAGAAGAAGAAGAAGAAGAAGAAGAAGAAGAAGAAGAAGAAACCAGUGACGAUGAGGGUGACUAUGAAAAUGUACCCCACUCAUUUGAUGACCAGAUCGUGGCAAUUUAUGAAGGACAUGAGGGUGUUUAUCGGUAAUUUUGAGGUGUUGGUCAGCCUGUAGCGAGAAAAACUACAAAAACUCUUGAAUGGACGGCUGUAGAUCAAGGUUUUAACAUUAGAGUUACUUGGACAAGCCAGACAAAAACAUACACAAUUUCUUGUUAGGGUGGCCUAUUUGAUGUAAAUCUUGGGCAAAACACAUGUGCAUUAAUCUCUCCUGUCCAGGAGCUAAGUCCAAACCCUGUGGUUUCUGCUUCCCAAUGUUUAAAUGUGUAGCCAGGCUUGCCCCAAGGCGCAAGGUAUGCCAGUGCGGUUAGUCCAAACUGAAAUAUCUCAGCAGCUGUUGGAUGGAUUACGAUGAAAUUUCGUACAGACAUUCGUGGUCCCCAGAUGAUGAGGCCCUCCCUGUCUGCAAAAGCUCCACAGAGCUGCAAGUGCUCUUAUUUAACACCGGGACAAGUACGUUUGGAGUUUGGUCUGUUCUGACUCUGCAAUAAUAAUUUCAAAAGCAGUUUGCAAUUCCCCCUCUGUCUUGGAAGAAAAGUCAUGUUUGCUUAUGUAAAACAAUUGUGCAUACAGUAUUUAUGUACAGUCAAGGCUGAAUUACCAACUACAUAAAACAGGUACUGCAUGGAAGAUAGUUUUGCUAAUUUGAUUAAUAAUGCAAAUGAUCAUGAAGGUGAUUCCCACAUUAUUGGCUCGUGUUGUGGCCCUGUGUCAAUGUAGUUUCAAUAGCUUUAUUUUUUUAAUGGAACAUGAAGCUAGUUUGGAUAAUUACACUGGUUCCUGUCUGGACAGAAUGAAGCUGCAGCUUCAUUAUAUAUGGCCAAAAGGCCCCCAACAGCAGACUAAAGCCCUAUGACCCCCUAAGAGAUCAGUCAAAUUAUAAGUGCAGAACGUGCAAAAACCACUUCAUUUACUUGUUUUGUCUGAUACAUAAUACACUAAAUGCUUGAACAUUUACUGUAUGCAUGUUUUCAAAGUACAGUGUGGUUCUUGAAACCCAUUUCAGUGUAUUACAAUGAAGACCUUUUCACUGUGGUUGAACAUUUUCUUUAUAUUAAUUUACCUCACCGGCUAAUCCACACUUCUUGUAUUAUCAAACUAGUAGGUAAAGGAAUGAAUGUUUCACUUUCUUGCUGAGAAUUUAGUGAGAAGAUUGAAACCCGUCUCAUUUCUGUAUGCAUGACAAGCUACUGCCAGCUGUUGAUUAGCAUAGCACAAAGUCUGGAAACCUGGCAACACAGCUAGCCAAACGAGAUAUGAAUCAAUUCCGUGUUCAUUACUGAGCUUUAGAGGUGUUGGUCGGUGAAUUUUGUUGCCUUUGGACAGAGCGAGGCUAUCCUGUUUCCCCCUGUUAGUCUUUGUGCUAAGCUAAGCUAACCCGCUGCUGGCUCCAGCUACAUAUUAGCAGAACAGAUGUGAGAUUUCAUCUUACCAAAAUAAAUGAAAAUGUUGCUUUAAAGGCAAAAGUAUAUUUUUGAAACUAUACCUUACAUGUAUAGUCUGUUUUAUUCAAAUAAUAAAUUAAUUUGAAAUAUUUUUGUCCAUCUUUUUGCACAUGCACACAUAACCCAGAUAUGACUCAUGGGGGGUUUUAAGUUGGAUGGUCUCAUACAACCAUAAAUAAUGGCCAGGCUUGGCUGCCUGGCGUAAUAAUAACACGGUAAUUUAUAGCUGAGGAAUCGGCAGCCAUCUUGAAUCUCCCUUUCUAUUUCUGUCCCUGGCAUCCCCUGGUUCACUGACACACUUCUAUAUUUUUUGCCCCCCUGAUGAGGCAGAGCUUACUGUCUGUCUUUACUUGAGUCUGAUGAUGUCUUAAUCCAUCCUUUAUUCAAAUGUGUGUAUCCAAAUCGCCAUAAGCACAAAGCUUAAAAAGCACCACGACAUCUCUGUGACGCUGUCAACAAAAACAAAGCUCACUUAACAUUAACAGGAGUAUUAUAUGCUUGGUGAUCAUACCGGAUUAUAUUUAAUUCAUCAAUACUAACGCAAACAAAAGAAUACGUGAGCAAUCGUCUGAGUCACAGAUUGAUGCUGUUUUGCUUAUUUUGUCUCAGCACACAGUAAAAAGCAGAAGUGAGAAAUGCCACGACGUAACAGCUGUUUCAGCCAGUUCACCGUUUGAGCCAAUGGCGUGACGGCAGUUUUACAGUAACACCUCGGCGGCCACAAAUAGAUGUGACACAGGCUCCUUGUAAUGUUGGCGCGCUGGCUUCACACACGCACUCACACAUGCAGACAGAUUCUGGGAAAUGUUAGCGCCCUGAGCUCAUCCCUCUGAGAACGAGUUAUGAAGCCUUGCAACCCGAGGCGAGGCGAGCGCUGUUCACACUGCCGGUCUGCACGCUCACGUCCAAACAGCUGCUGAAGUCUGAUUCUUGGCUGUCAGUUUUUAUGUGCUUCAGGAAAAAUAAUGGAUGUAGGUCACACCAUAUGGCACAUAAACAAUAUGUGAAUAUCAUUAUUCAAUCUCUUAACACGUGUCCAGGCAGCUUUGAGAAAUACUCAUUCAGCAUACGCUCCAGGACAGUUUGACAUUGCAAGCAGCUGCUUAGCUUAGCAUAAAGACUGGAAACAAGGGGGAGCAGCUAGCCUAGCUCUGUUCAAAUGUAACAAAAUCCACCUUCCAGCACCUCACUUCCUGAGACCUUGUCAUCAUCGUUUGGUUGCCUGGGAAUCGGCAGAGACUGACAGAAGUUGAACUAAAUUGCCUAAAACCAUGUGUUGCUUUUGCAGUUUGGUUUUUGUGGUCAUAGUCAGUCUGUUUCCCUCUGUUUCCAGUAAUUAUGCUAAGCUAAGAUAACGGUUGCUGGCUGUACUGUAGCUUGUACAGACAGGAGAGUGGUAUCGAUCCUUCCAUUUAACUCUUGACACACAAACAAAACAGUAUGUGUUCAAUUUCUUGAAAGUAUCAUAAUGGAAUUAUUAUUGGUUGUUUUGACCCUGCCUGUGUUAACUGUGCACUCCCAUAGUCCUAUUACAUUGUUGCUGAAACUCAA